AUGGCGGCGAAGCGAGGCUUUCACCUCGCCAGAGGUGUCCGUAGCCCUUGUCUCGCCCUUGCGCUGGCGCUGGCUUUUAUCUCAUGUAUCUUGUCUCCUUCCUCAAUUGAUUUCCUCUUCCCGAUUUCCAGCCAUGGGCGGUUUCUCGCUUUCGCCGACGCCGCGGAUGGCUCGCCGCAGCUGAAGCGCACCGGUCCAAUCUCUCGUCGCCUGGACGGGCUCAUCACGAAGUCCGUCAAGCGCUUGCUGACCUGGCACCCUGUCGAGCGCCGGGUGCCCUCAAUAAAUAUGGAUAACGUCGUCUUCAUCGCAGGCAAUCAUAGGGCGAACUUGUCGGCCGCUGUGGAUGUGACUCUGGAGGAUGUCCUCAUUCUCUUCUUCCGCUGGUUCCACGACUCCAAAUCGACGGCCUGGCCUGCGCAGGGCCUCAUCACGAUGGAGGCGCUCAAGCGGGAGCACAAGAGCUACGGCAACCAGAUGGUCAAAGAGUACACUAAGAAGCAGGAGGAGCCCGAACAAGACGAGGAAAAGAAGAACGCGAAACUGCUGCCGAUCCAGGUCUACGCGCAGCUGGGCGUGUGCCAGCGUCGUUUUCGGGAGUGGUUUUUCGAUGGCAACACGUUCCAUCGACGCGGCGGAGAAGCGUUCAACAUUUCUGACGAGCUCACCGAAAAGGAUGUAGACUUCAUGCGCGGUCUUCCCUACAGCGUCAUCCGCCUGGCCCAAGGUGUAUUCGCUGAACAGACGCCCGCGUCCGUCAAGCGUCUGGAGCAUGAGCUGUCGGUUCGCGGGGUCACCACGCUGGAGCAGCUUCUCUCGCGCACAAACUUCUUUGAUCUGUUUGUCCUCUUUGACCUCUUAGACGAGACCUUUACGCAGAUCGACGUUCUUCGGGAGUUCCACAGGAACUGGGAGAAAUACCGGAGCCGCAAGUACUUGCCGCCGCAGAUUCCCCUGGGCGAGUGGAAAGAGAAACACACGAUGGAGGAGAUCCUGCUAGACGACCACUACUCCGCAGCAGACUUCCCCAAGUGCACCACGCUCAAGUGUAUUAUGCAGUGGACGUGGAGAAAGACCCCCGAGAGAACCAUCGAAGUCAACGACGUCAACGCUCUCAAGCUCCUCCUCGUCGGCAGUCCCGGCAGGGAGGAGACCUACAGACGCGAAAGCACGCGCAAGCAGUGGUCCUGGCUCAAGCGCGCCGCCAGAAUCAACGAUCUGGAGAACACCGUUCAGGCUCUGAAGGAGUGGCACGAGCGCGAGAAGGCAGACGGUGUCUUAGGCCUCGGCGAUAUGCUCGGCUUGCCUGGACCCACCACAGUCCGCGACGAGCGGUUCCGCAAAAAGUGGUACGACAUUUUUGUGAAGGACGGCGGCCUUGAUCUUCCGUGGCUGAUAACCCUUGGAGACUCGGACGCGGUGCUGAGUCCUUCGUCUCAAGUGCGGUAUCACUACUCAGUCCAGGAAAAGAACUGGCACAUGCCGAACGACUACUACACGGUCACCUUCAAGUUUGGCGCCAACCUGACUCUCGCGAACGGCAUGUACGAGGAGACGACUUUCAACGCCACCAUCCUGAGCAUCAACACCUGGGACCUUUUCGUUGGCACCCCCGUUGCGAACAACAUGCAGUCCUGGUCAAAGAAGCUCUGGUGGCUGAGCGAGCAGCUGUAUCAAGCUACGCAGAAGAACUCGACGUGGCUCAUCGUCAUGGGACACCACCCGCUGCUCUCGACGGGUCCCGCAGGCGAGCAAGGGCGACUGCAGUUCGUCGACGACCUCUACAAGAACAAGGCACCUCGCGGCCUGGAGACGCUCAUGAUCAACAUGCUGUUCAUGCACUACCAGGUUGACGCGUACGUCUCGGGUCACGACAGCUUCAUGGACUUCAACUCCAUCACAGACGUGGACCGGAACGUCACAGUGUCUUUCAUCAGCAGCGGAGCGACAGCGCGACUUCUGGAUGAAGACAUUGGCCGUGGCUGGGUGGGGCGUCUGCGGGGAGCGAUGUACCCGGUUCUGUGUUGGGGCGGCAGGAAGAUCCUCUACCAGCUCCAUCCUGGAGGGUGUCGGCCGCUGCAUAGGGACCAGCAGAGUCCAGAGAAGUUCUUCGUUCAGGCGCAACACGGCAACUACAAGGUGGAUAUUGUCGAACGCGUGACCAAGGCAACCGGCUUCGCGGCGAUGAAGCUGACGAGAGACUACAUGCUUGUCGACUUCAUCGACUCCCGCACAAAGAAGUCUGCCGUCCACAAGGUACACCGCCGCACGAACCGCGAUGGACGAGAUAUCAAGUUCAUGGACCCCUACGCGGAGGGCAAGCUGCGCUACGAGGAGCUGAUGCUCGACCGAGAGGCCUUCGAGUGGGAAAAUGCUGACCUGAUUGAGAAGGAAACCACCUUCGCGCGGAACUGCCCCGUGCUAGCCGAGCGCUUGAGGUUCCUAGUUUCAGAGAUGAACGAUCUGACCAGCAAAUACGAGGACCUCGCUCGGCAAAAGGACUCUUACGAAGUCAUGGAUGACCCGACGCGCGAAGUGAUGGCUGCCCAAGGGACGAACGUCCCGAACAAAAUCUCGCAGAUCUUAUCCGACAUGUAUAUCGUAGCCGCAGACCACUACAAGUUGGAGAAGCGGUACAAGCAAAUCCUCGAAAUUAAGGAAAAAAGUCCCGAAGGCGAAGACCCGCGAUAUAAGAAACUCUUCGAACUGGAAAAACAGUACGUCGAAACACGGAAACUGCGUCGCCGCAUUGAGGCUGCCUUGCAAUCCGAUGACGGCACUGCCGACGCUGAUGACGAACAGAUUCUUGAGAAAGCCAUCCGGAACAUGAAGCUGCUGCGGAAGGACAUUGAUGACCUGGAGCGUGAGAUGGAGAGGUAUCCUGAUUUGGAAAAAAAGAAAGCAGCGGAUGAGAAGAGAGCGAAGAGAGAGAAGGAGGAACACCAGCAGGAACCCAAGAAGUUCCCCGAGCUGAAGCCUCUUGACACAUCUCUUCUUGCACGAAUUCGCCGUAAAGAGAUGCAGCUCCGCCGCCACCACGAGGUGCUCCGUGGGCUCAAACAUUUCCCUGAAUCAGAACUAAAAAAGAUGCGCAGCGAGAUUGGAAUCCUCAAGAAGCAAGAGGCGAGCCUACGGCAGGAACUGAAUCGCCUGCAAAUGCUUCGCAAGAGGGCGCAGAGCCCGAUGCGGCCAUCGGAUGUGUGGGAGAAGUUCCAGGUUAAAGAGGAGUUGGAACGAAGGCUGCGUCAGAUCAGGGCUUAUCAGCGAGAUGUUGCGCAGGCGCCAGCGGCGCGACGCCACGCUCAGACAACAGAAGAAGAAAUGGAGGCGAUUGAAACGCAGCGCGCAGCCACGGAGAAGGAGCUGAUAGAAGUUGUGGAUGAACUUGCUGAUCGUCAAAUGACGCCUCUGCAGAAAGAGUUCAUGCGAAUGGAUGAUGAAUUGAAGACAACCGAGCUGAUCCUCGAGCAGCGCAAGUUGUUGUCUACAGAGGCACUGGCCGUGCCACGUGUUCAGCAAGCGCUGCAACAGGCAGUCACCAAACAGCACACCCUCCAUGUCGAGGUCGACAAGAUCCACGACAUGGUUCGGCAAGAACUCAACGCUCUCGACGACGAGUGGGAGAAAGACAUGCUUGCCAAAGGCUACAAACUGCAGGAGCUGGGCGAAGGCGUCGUCGUCGGCCCCAACGUCGAGCAGCUGUCACCGGGCGACGCGAGUAAAGUCGCAGAUUCGGGCGAACUCGACCGAGCAAAUGAGACGGUAGACAAACUCAAGGAAGCAGAGGAUGCGCUGGCGGUGGUGGACGAGGCCAUCCAAACUGCCAAGACAGCUGACGGAGAAGAGAAGGCAGAGCUGGAGGCGAUGUUUGGACCUGUCGAAGAGCUCCCAGCCAAGCGCGAAGAGGUGGAGGAACAAGUCGACGCGCUCAAAGAGUCCCUGGAGCUCGAAGCCGCGGCUCUGGAGAAGCGAGUACCCUCAAAGGCGAGUAAACAAGACGACGAGCAUACAGAUGCGGGCAGCCAAGAGGACGACUCAUCGCGCAACCUCGAGAGCCCAGAAGGUAGCUCUCCACGCGGACUUCAGGAGAUCUUGGAGCUCUUUAAAGGGAAGCGGGAACCGUCUCCAUACAAGAAGCUAGAGAAGAUCGAUGUAGGGCAGAUGGAUACAUGUGCACAGAUGCCCAUGCUCCAGGCCGCAAUUCAGCGCAGACUGGCACCCCAGAGCGAAGAGGACGCAAAAGACAAGUGUGUCUACCACCUUGCCAAUCAGGCGUAUCGGCAGCAGCUGCGAUACGUACACGAGGGCUCCUUCUUUGCACAGGGCCAGCUCGGAUUGACACCAAACGUUUACAACGAGCCCUCGGUGCAUGUUGCACGCACGUGGAGUGAAUACUUCGGGUACAAACACAUGAACCGGUUCAAGAGCAUCAUGCGAGACCUGAAGAACCAACUGCGCUUUGUGUGUUCCACAUUCAAGCCGUACUCGUUCAAGGAGGCCAUGGAAAUGGAGGUCCGGGAAGCAGAGCGGAGGAGGGAGGAAGAACUCCUCUUGCCGGGCGACCAGGAAAUCGAUGUGAAAGACACCGAUGUUGACAUGGACACACUGACGCCGGAGCCGGAAGCUUUCGGGACAGAGAGUGAAGACAAUGCGAAGGAAGAGGAAGACGACGCACACGAUUCGGAAAUGACACUCCCGGAGGGGGCGGAUAUAUCCAUCGACGAUGUGAGCAUGUCUUUCGAAGAUUAA